ACUACACAACAACAGUCGCACCCCUAGAAGACACAAUAACAACAACAACAACAACAACAACAACAACAACAUCAUCAACAAUAAACAUAAUAGCAACUACCCUACCGUCAAUAGAAACGACGAUAACACAGGGCAGCAGAACAGAAGCAACCACUCCUGGCCACACCUUGCCACCAUCAAUUUCAAAGGACACGACGACCGUGGACACGAAUGACGCUAAAACAUCAGCAGCAGCAUCAUACGACUCAACAAUAAUAGCACACGGAGAUGAAACAACUACAGAAACAGCUACAGGUGACACGACGGCAUCAACAACAACCGAUGGUGCGAGUUUAACAACUGAAUCAACUGCUCGAACAACGGGACAUACUUCUAUAAACACGAGCUCAUCUUUGGAGCUGACUUCACCUACGAUACCAGACACAGAAGAUUCUACGACGACAAAAAGUACAACGUUAUUACCGUCAUCAAUAGAGCCUACCCUCAACACUAGUCUGGAGUAUAUGCCCUACUGGAUACACACAGAAAUCCUCGUCCCAUUCGAGGAAGAGGUGCACACCGCGGCGUUUCAGCUACGCAUGGAAGAGCGAUUGGCUCGAGCCUACCACAAGGCUCUCCGGAAGAGGACGAAGCGGUCGAGACGUGUUAUUGGCGCCAGGUUCCGACGCGCUGCUCACUACAAAGAAACUGCUGUGCAGAAAUCAAAUAGUACAGGUGAACAAGAACCUAGCAACGAUAUCCAUAUGGUCAACACAGUGAGGCAUACAGGAGAGCAGCGGGUCACGCUCGUAUAUCACGUGGAGCUGCAAGGGAAGCCAGUUCUCGCCAAGGAUGCUGUGGCCACGAUGAAUCGACUCGAUAUUCAACAGCUGGCCAUAAUUCUAGGAUACGUGGUUGUCCUGCUUGCCGAACCAUUUACCGUGGAGAGUGAGCCCGAACGAGAUGAGCCGCAGUAUUGGUUGAUUGGAGUCAUUGUAGGCGCAGUCGUGGCUCUUGCUUUCAUCAUCUGGUGCUCUCUUUUCAUCUACUACAAGUGCCUAAAGCCACAUCCCGCAGAAGAGCCUGGCCAACCGCACCUCGUGUCCAUUAAAAAUAAACGCUAUUAUGUGCAGGAUAUCGGCAUAGACAAUCCGGCGAGAGAUGUCGAAAACCAGCUUGUGCCUCGAUCACCGCCGCAGCUACGCAGUAGGGCGCACUACGACGUAUCGGCUACUCCUGUCCUAUCGGGAAAGAUCGCCAAAAACUACAUAGAUGGCGUGCGUCUUGGCCUUUCAGAGAAGGAACAUAUUAUUGACUCCGCCUACGAUGAUGCCGGCACCUCUGGAGACACCAGCUCCGAACAUCACGAGACAAAGCCAACAGCGACUUCCGAGAUUACACAUGAAGUGGACAAAAGUGAAGGAGAAAAUGAAGAAGAUUGGCAUACACGCGCGAAGACAUAAGAUUGGGAGUA